GGCUGCCUCAAAUUCUACCGACUCAUCCGAUUUCCGAGACGUUCCUUCAGUAGUUUGAGUGGACCUGAAUCUUUAAGUUUGAAUUUGUGAUGGCCUUCCCCAUGGACCCGUUUAGUUGCCCUCCUCUGUGGACGGGUGGACCUGAUCCGAGUGGCUACUACUCUUUUCCGCAAAUCCAAUCGCGGAACGCCUCCAAUUUCAAAGGCGUGAGUGCCGGCCUCAAACCCCAAGCCCAUUCCCAAUACCCCAUCACCACGGGUACAUCCGUGUUUGGCGUCAAGUAUAAGGAUGGAGUGGUAAUGGCCGCCGACACCCUGGGUUCUUACGGCUCGUUGGCCCGAUUCCCGGAUCUGAGGCGAAUCAUUCGUGUCAAUGAACACACAGUGGUGGCUUGCUCGGGUGACUAUGCUGACUUCCAGUUCCUCCAAGAGAUUAUCCAACAAAAGCAAAUCGACGAGGACAUCAACGGGGGUGGUGUCACCAUGAAGCCGGAGGCCUUGCAUUGCUGGCUCACCCGAUUCUUGUACAAUAAAAGGUCCAAAUUCGACCCCUUGUGGACCACCGUGAUUGUGGGCGGUAUGCAGGACGAUAAACCCUUCCUGGGCUAUUGUAACUACAUUGGUGUGGCCUUUAAGGAUGACUUGAUGGCUACCGGGAUCGGCAUGGACGUGGCUGUUCCCAUCAUGAGAGAAGUAUUGGAUAAGAAAGGGGUGAAUGAGUUCACCCUCGAGGAGGCUAAGGAUUUGAUUCGUCAAUGUGUGCGGGUGUGUUUCUUACGCGAUUGCCGAUCCUCGUCCCGUUUCAACAUGGCCGUGGUCAACAAAGAUGGUGCCGUGGUCGAGGAACCAACGGUGGUCGACACUAAUUGGGACAUUGCCAAGACCAUCAAAGGCUACGAGUGAACUUCAUUUGAUGUAUGAUUUUUACUAAUAAACCAAUGUUUCAAUCCUGUAACACUA